GAAAUUGAAUAUUUCACCUUUCAUUUCACUAUCAUUUUUACUAUGAAAUAUUGUAAACAGAAGGCACAAUUGUAGCUUCAGUUAUUAAGAGAUUGACAAUUGACUUACCAUUUUUAGCUCGUUCAAGAUAUUAAUAUAUUCAACUGUUUAGUCAAAUUUACAUUCAGUGCUAAUUUAACUGUUAAUUGUGAGGUGUUAGUCCAAUCUAAUUUAAUUGAACAAUAGUUUUUAGUCUAGUUUACGGGAUUGGCAAAGCUUUUUGCCUAGAUUGGACCUCAACAUGGUUUUGGAUUCCUUUUGUGGUCAUCCAUUUUGGGACACAGAGACAUCAUGGAACUCACCUCAGCCAGUAUUUUCGCCUUGUUUAACUGAAACUGCCGCUCUUUGGGCUAGCUCGUUAUUUUUAUGGAUCCUGACUCCGUUUUCAAUUUAUUUUACUCUUAAAGAGCCCAAACCAUGUUUACCUCUUACUUUUAGGCUUUAUGUCAAAUUGGCUUUCAAUUUGAUUCUUUGCCUGGUGACAAUUUAUGAAUUAGUAAACGUUAUUCUUGAGGCAAGAAGCACUGUCGUAUAUCAAUAUCAAUAUGUUGCGCCCAUCGUCAGACUCAUUUCAUUUAUAAUCGCUACAUCUUUGCUGUUUUUAUUCCGACGCAAAGGGGUUCAUACUUCAGGUUUACUCUUCCUUUACUGGCUUCUUAUGGGUAUAACAACAGCUUUCAAUUAUUGGACCUUGAUAGAUGCCAAAAACAACCCAGAUCUGAGAUUAUGGACAUUCAAUAAGAAAGAUAUGGUCAUCAAGACACUUCAAUUAUGUUCAGUUUGGAUAUUGUUGAUUUUCAAUUGUUUUGCUGAUGUCAAACAAAAGCCAAGCAAAUUUAAAGACAUUAAUGAGUAUGAAUGUCCAUAUGUAACGUCGUCAUUUUUGGGUCGAUUGUUGUUCGUCUGGUAUGAUUCAAUGGCUCUUCUAGGUUUUAGGAAAACAUUGACUCAGGCCGAUAUGUGGGAUUUACCUGAAGAAGAUCGAACUCAACUGAUUCAGGAUAAAUUUGCCCACCUUAUGACAGCGGGAACCAAAUAUUUAGGCUCUCCAAGUAAAUCAGAAGCAGUUAUGAAUGGAGCGACUAAAAGAAGUGACGUUAAGAAGCGAAAAACAAUGAAAGUUUCGCUUUUGACCAUUUUACUGAAAGGAUUUUGGCCUUGGAUGUUAGCUUGUGGCAUGUUUAAAUUAGUAUCUUCAGUUCUUGUCUUUGCAAGUCCACAGUUGAUGGACAGUUUACUGACUUUCAUCGCCUCUGAUGCACCCAUUUGGCAAGGAGCAAUCCUGGCUUUGGGAAUAUUUGUUUCAACUCUAAUUCAAUCCAUGUUUGACUCUCAAUAUGAGUUUUGGAUUCAAACAACAUCAAUGAGAAUGAGAUCAGCAUUAAUUGCUUGUGUCUAUCAAAAGAGUUUACGUUUGUCUAGCUCAGGACGACAUGCUUUUACUACCGGUGAAAUUAUCAACUUAAUGGCUGUUGAUAUUCAACGUAUUGUUGAAUAUAUCAACAUUGUUAACUUUGUUUGGUCAUCACCGGUACAAUUGGUUGUAACUGUGAUCCUUUUAUGGAAACAAUUAGGAGUCGCAUCGAUUGCUGGUUUAUCAGUCAUGAUUGCUUUAAUCCCAUUCAAUGGCUUUAUAACAUCUCGUCUUCAAUCAUUACAGAAGAAAGUAAUGAAUCAGAAAGAUAAACGAUCCAGAAUGAUGUCGGAAAUCUUGAAUGGAAUGAAAGUCUUGAAAUUGUACGCUUGGGAAGGUGCUUUUGGUGAUAAAGUUGCAGCUAUUCGAGCUCAGGAAAUUAAAUAUCUAAGAUAUCAAGCUAUGUGGUCAACUGGAGUUGCUUUUGCCUUUGCUUGCGCUCCCUUUUUGGUCACUUUGGUCAGCUUUAUGACUUAUGUCUUGAUGGAUUCGUCAAAUGUUUUGGAUGCAAACAAAGCUUUCGUUACCAUUUCUUUGAUCAACAUCUUGAGAGGACCUCUUGCUUUCUUACCAAUGGUUGUAACCUUUGGAGCCAAUUUUAUAAUUUCAAUUCGUCGAAUCAACAAAUAUCUUCAAAGUGAUGAAUUGGAUUUAAAUACUGUUACCCAUGACCCUAAUUAUGAGGUUCCUAUAUCAAUUAAAAAUGGAACCUUCUGUUGGUCUUAUGAUGAGCAACCGGUGCUUAAAAAUGUUGACAUGCAUGUUAAACGAAACAAAUUGGUUGCUGUUGUAGGAACCAUUGGAAGUGGAAAAUCAUCGCUCCUGGCAGCUAUUUUAGGUGAUCUUUACAAGCAAGAAGGCUCUGUCAAUGUUUAUGGUCGAGUUGCGUAUGUACCUCAAUCGGCUUGGAUUCAAAAUGCAACAGUUCGGGAUAAUAUAUUGUUUGGUGAGCCUUAUUCAAAAACAAAAUAUGAUAGUGUAAUUGAUGCUUGUGCAUUAACUACUGAUCUAAAAAUAUUAACUGGUGGUGAUCAGACUGAAAUUGGUGAAAAAGGAAUCAAUGUUUCUGGUGGACAAAAGCAACGUAUAUCCAUUGCUAGAGCAGUCUAUUCAAAUUCAGAUUUAUAUCUGCUCGAUGAUCCUUUAUCAGCUGUUGAUGCUCAUGUUGCUUCGCAUCUUUUUGAAAAGGUAAUUGGUCCGAAAGGAGUUUUAAGGCAUAAAACAAGAGUUUUAGUGACACAUCGAAUCACAUUUUUGCCUCAAGUAGAUGAGAUCAUUGUAAUGCAAGAUGGAAAGAUACGUGAAUCAGGAACUUUCAGUGAAUUGAUGGAUAAAAAAGGUUCGUUCUCUGAUUUCAUUAUUCAGUAUCUUGCUGAAGCUGGUGAUGAUGAGUUGCCUGCUGAAGAUGUUAAUGUUGUUGAAAAAAUGAAAGAGGUUAUCGGUGAAGCAGAGGUUGCAAAGAGAAGAGAAACAUUGAGAAAAAUGGAUUCCAUCAUAUCGAUUGGUGAAUUGAGUAAGCGGGUUAGAUCACAAUCAUCCAUUCGAAAACGAUCAAAAUUGGAAAAAACUUCAGUAAAUCAAGAAGAGGAUCUGAAAACCGAUAUGGUAGGAGAAAUAGCAGCCAAUCAGACUAACCAAGUUUUCAAAUUGGUUGAAGUGGAAGGAGCUGAAACAGGAUCUGUCAAGGCUAGAGUUUACUUGGACUAUUUUGCCGCUAUUGGUUGGUUAGCAGUUUUCAGUGCCAUUGCCUUUUACGUUGGCUCUUCUGCCUUUAACUUUGGUACUAAUUCUUGGUUGACUGUAUGGGCUGAUGACUCCUUGGAUCCCGAGAAAGUCAAUAACACUGCUUUGAGAAAUAAACGUCUUGGUAUUUAUGCUGCUUUAGGGUUAAGUGAAUCAGCUUUGAUAUUGGGUAACUCAGCUAUUAGUAACUUGGCUGUCUUAACGGGUUCAGCCUGGAUUCACGACCAAAUGUUAUACCGUGUGAUACGGGCUCCAAUGUCCUUUUUUGAUACAACACCUUUAGGACGUGUUCUUAAUCGAUUCACCAAAGAUAUUGAUACAGCUGAUAACACAAUAGGAUUCAAUCUUAGAUUCUUCACAGCACAGUUUUUCAGAGCGAUUGUCUGUGUUGUUGGUAUUUGUACUGCUUCUGGUUAUCUAGUCAUUGUCAUGAUUGUAUUGGGAAUUGCUUAUAUUCUUGUUCAGAAAUUCUAUAUCGCUUCAUCAAGACAACUGCGUCGAAUUGAAUCAGUAACUCGAUCACCAAUUUAUAACCAUUUCUCCGAGACUGUGAGUGGUUCUACUUCAAUCCGAGCUUAUAAUGCAUCAGAUCGUUUCAUCCAAGAGUGUUAUCGACGAGUCGAUAUCAACAAUAGUUCAUUCUUCCCAAAUCUUGGUGCUAGCCGUUGGCUUGCUGUUAGACUGGAGUUUCUUGGUAACCUUGUUGUUACCAUUUCAGCUAUUUUCGCUAUUGCUUCCCGUAACUCGUUAAGUCCUGGUUCAACUGGAUUAGCGAUAAGUUAUUCAAUGCAAAUCACAAUGAUUCUCAAUAUGAUGGUAAGAGCAAUCUCUGACAUUGAAACAAACGUUGUGUCUAUUGAAAGAUGUAUGGAGUUCACAAGAAUUGGUAUUGAGGCUGAAUGGGUUAAUGAUCAACAUAGACCAAGACCUGAAUGGCCAGAUAAUGGUGAGAUUGCAUUCAAAGAUUACAGUACACGGUAUCGACCAGGACUUGAUUUGGUUCUUAAAAAGAUUGGUUUUGUUAUAAAUCCCAAUGAAAAGGUUGGAAUAGUGGGUCGAACUGGUGCGGGUAAAUCUUCGUUGACUUUGGCUCUGUUCCGUCUAAUUGAACCAGCUCACGGUGUUAUAAGCAUUGAUGGUGAAGACAUUACCAAGUUUGGUUUACAUGAUUUACGAUCUCGAUUAACUGUAAUCCCUCAAGAUCCAGUAUUAUUUUCAUCGUCAUUCCGUAUGAACUUUGAUCCAAUCAACAAGUAUUCAGAUGCAGAAAUAUGGAAAGCAUUGGCACAAUCAAAUUUAAAAGAGUUUGUCCAAUCACUUGAGGAGGGACUUGAUUAUGAGAUUGCUGAAGGUGGUGAAAAUCUUAGUGUUGGUCAACGGCAAUUAGUUUGCUUAACUCGAGCUCUUUUACGUAAAACUAAAGUUUUGGUUCUUGAUGAAGCCACGGCUGCAGUUGAUGUUGAAACAGAUGAACUUAUCCAAGAAACAAUUAGACGAGAGUUUGCAGAUUGUACAAUUGUCACCAUUGCCCAUCGUUUAAAUACUAUCAUGGAUUAUGACAAGAUUAUGGUAAUGGAUAAAGGAAAUAUAAUUGAAUACGAUUCACCAACCAAUCUAUUAGCUAAUGAUAAGACUGAAUUUUAUUCAAUGGCAAAAGAUGCCAAACUUGUUUAGUCAGAUCAUCCAGUUUUAACAAUAUUUAACUGUACUUUAAAUUUAUCCUUGUACCACUCAGUUGCGAUUAAAUGGUAUUUAACUAAACUGA